AUGGCGCUCGGAUCGUCCGAUGAGUCGGCCAAAACACCACAGUCUCCGAAACCCGAAACCAUAUCCAUCAACAGACUGAAAAGCCACCUCUGCGCCGAGCUAGCCACCUCUCAUGCAGAUAUUCUCCUGUUGACCUGCUGUAUCAUCUCAGGCCUCGUCGAUAGCACAGUCUACAAUGCAUAUGGCACCUUCGUGUCAAUGCAAACGGGCAAUACAAUCUUCCUCGGCCUCGGUGGUGCCACGCCCCACUCAACCUCUAAACCCUACGGCUGGGUCAAAUCCUUCCUCUCCAUCACGUCCUUCUGUCUCGGCUGCUUCGUCUUCAGUCUCGCUUCCCGUCUGCUCACGCCACUCCGCCGCUCGACCCUUACCGCCUCUUUCGUCCUUCAAUCCCUGAUCAUCGUCGUGGCCGCUGCGAUAAUACAAGGGGGUGUUGUGAACGGAAGCUUGCACACAAUCACCGCCGACAUCAACUGGAGAGAACUCUUGCCGAUAGCGCUUCUGUCUUUUCAGAGCGCGGGGCAGAUAGUCGGGAGUCGUGUGCUAGGGUUCGCGGAAGUGCCGACGGUUGUCUUGACAAGUAUGUUGCACGAUAUCUCGACGGACCCUGCUCUCUUGGGGCCGCUGAGGCAGAACAUGAAGAGAAAUAGACGAAUUCUGGCCUUUGCGGGAAUACUUGCGGGUGCUGUUGCUGGGGGCUUUAUUUCAGAAAGUACCAAGAGGAUGCAGGUUCCGCUUUGGAUUGCAGGUGGCAUCAAGUUUCUCAUAGCGAGCGCUUGGAUCGUAUGGCCUGAAAAGGAGACUAACGCGGUAUAG